CUUGCUCCUUCUCUUAUUUUUAUUAUUAUUCACUCUACCAAUAAUAUACCCCAUUUCCUUCCUUAUUAAACUGUCUCUUUUUUGUUUAUAAUGGACGUUUAUAACAAUACCUUUUCACAACAACCACAAAAAAGUUUGUCAUCUAAGCGCUCAAAUAUGAAUAACAAAUACCGUUCAUCUACUUCUUCUUCCAUCUUGCAACAACAACAGCAACAAGAGCUUUUGAUUGAACCUAGCGUAUCUACUAGCUCACUGAACAAGAGAAGUUCGAUGGGCUAUCGUAGACCUCUUUCUACCGCCUCCACAAAUAACAGAUACAGUCGCAACAGUUUCCUUGGUGACGAUGAUUUGGAUUAUGACAAGAGGGACUAUACCGUUGAUUAUGAUCAUAAUGAACCACAAGAAGAUUGGGAGAACAUUUUGAGACAAUAUGACAGAUAUAGUACCAAUGAUGAUGACAGAAGAAAGAGCAAGCGAGCCAGUCGUAUCAUGGAAUCUUAUCAAGAUAUGCCUGUGGAAGUACCUAUUGUUGAUGAACCUACUACUGUAUUGGACUGCUAUGACUUCCCUCCUGCUUUUAAAACCCAUCAUUUACAUGAUAUUUUCAGAAGUUAUGAAACGAGUCGUGGUGGAUAUCGAAUUAAGUGGUUGUCUGAUACCCGAGCUUUGAUUAUUUUCGAUCAUCCAGCUACAGCCAAAAAGGCCUAUAUUGAUAAUGUAACACAUGCAUUAGCCAAGAUUCGUCCCUAUGAUGGUCCUAUUGAUUUCUUGAAAGACAAUCAACAAAACCAGCAACCUCAGCAAAGAAGACCCAUGUCGAUGGACAAUAAAAGACAAUCCUUUAAUGCCUACAACAAUAACGGUAAUGGAAGAAAUUCCAACAGAAACUCAAUGAGAAUGGAUGAAAAUGACAUUAAAAGAUUAAGUGUUGCACUUUAAACGGAAUUUUAAAUUUAAAUAAACCAAAAAAAAA